CAUGCUAUUUAGAAUCUGAACCCAUCACUCUACCAUGUAGAUCACAUAAGCAAAAAUAAGAAAUGAACUAAUUUGACAAAUUAUGGUAACCUUUGUACGUUUUUAUAAAAAUCAUCAGCAUCUUAGUAUCAUCUUUAUAUGCAAACGGGUCUAACUUUUAGGGCAUUUAAGGUCAUAGUACUGACUAGUAAAAAUGAUGAUCACUUUUUAUUUCCAUUUUUACAUGAACUUUGCCGGAAGUGAAACAAACAAUAAAUCUGCUCUAUAUGGCGACCAGCAAGAGUAAGAUGAGUCUCAGAGAAGAUCUGACAUGUGCCAUCUGCUUUGAGCUCUUCAAAGACCCUGUGAUGCUGGGCUGCAUGCAUCACUUCUGCAGGAGAUGCAUCGCGUCAUACUGGAAGACGGUCAGGGGUCCUGUGUCCUGUCCUCAGUGCAGACAGGAGUUUCCCAAUAAAUGCUUCCAGACCAACUACUUAGUAGCUGGACUUGUUGAGAAGGUCAGGGCCAGCUCCACAUCUGCAUCUGUCAAGUAUCUGGAGAAGCAAAUAAAAGACAGUCUAGAUUCGCAAGUCUCCAUUAAAGAGGCCUAUGUCACUAUGAUCCGGGAAGACAAAGACAAGAUGGAGAAAAUAAAAAAAAUUGGGGCUGAGGUGCAGGGGCGAGUGCACAGCGACUUCCAGGCUCUGCAUCACUUCCUGCGGGUGGAGGAGGAAGCCAUGUUGGAGCAGUUGAAGAGGGAGCAGAAGGAAAUGCUGCAGAGGGUGGAGCGACAUCUGGAGGCCCUACAGGUGGCCAUCAGAGACGUGGAGCAGAACAUCAACAUGCUACAACAGACUGCCAGCAGCACAGACCAACCUGUACUUGUAGAGCUUCCAGAAUUGAAUUCAAAAUCUCCUCUGCAAGAGCUGAAUAUCAACCUGAAUACUCUCAGAAGCAAACACAUUGCUCCUCUUCAAUACACUAUAUGGCGAAAAAUGUUUCAACAUCUGAAUCCAGGCCCAGCACCACUGAUAUUUGAUGAGGACACUGCUCAUCCCAGUCUACAGCUUUCCAGGAACAAAACCCAAGUCAUUGAGAGUGACAAAAUGACCAGUUACAUGUGUGAUGCCAAACGCUUUCUUCAGUGUGUCAACAUUCUUGCAACAGAAGGCUUCCAGUCAGGCAGGCAUUACUGGGAGGUGGAUGUAAGUAACAAUCCUAGAUGGGACCUGGGUGUUGCUCUGGAAUCAGUGAAUCGUCAGGUCCGAGUCAAACUGUGCCCUGAGAAUGGAUACUGGACCCUCCGGCUGCGCAAUGGCAGCCAGUACUCGGCCGGCACGCAGCCCUGGACGCCCCUGACUGUGAUGACCCCACCUAGCAGCAUUGGGGUUUUCCUGGAUUUUGAGGAAAGGAAAGUGUCUUUUUAUAAUGCAGAUAAAAUGGUGCUGCUGUGUUCCUUCUCCAAUGGCCCAACAGGAAAAGUGUUCCCCUUUUUCAGCACAUGCCUCAGAGAACGCGGUCAGAAAGCCCAAGCCAUCCGCAUCCUCCACUUCCCCUUUGAAUGUCCAUCAGAGAUGUAAAACCAAGCCUGUUGAGACUCUAGGAACUUAAACUAUGUUCUUGAGUGUUCAAGCUGUAAACAGCCCAUGAUUUUCAGAGGUUUUCCAUAAUUAACAUUUGUCAUCACUUUUGAUGUGUUAGAGCUGUGCAGCUCGCAUGACGCUAAUCAAUCAUGAGGUGAAUUUAUUUUGUUUAUUUUUCAUCUAAAACAGAACAGAGACCACAAAAUGUUUAAUAGAUUUUUAUACCAGAUGUGUGAUGAUCACAGAGAUCUUUUUAUUUUACAAAGGAUAAUCAAUAUUAAUUCAUGUCAGCAAGACAGUGCCAUGUUACGCUCCGCUAAACUUUAGUUUUUUUUAUGUGAUUCUGAAAAAAUUACAACAGCAUUCUUUGAUAUUUAUAUUGCACACUAUUCUUAUCUUCAUUGCCUUCAUAGAUAUGUAAAGUAAUUGUAGAUAUUACUUGGAAAUUA